AUGAAUAGUCAUUAUGGGUCCAAACGUCCACAGCAAACACAACCGAUUUUUGUCGCCAACAAAGAAGGACGCCGUUGGUUGGUUUGCCUCAAUCACGAGUACGAGAAAAUACGCGCAAGUCUGGAAUAUCUUAAACAAGCGCAAGGACUCUCCUAUGAUGGCUUUCCUACAACAGAAGAUCGCUUCUGGUAUGCUGAUGCAGUGGUUGAUGCUCUUGCUGAAUACGCCAACGGUACACCUAAUUUGGAAUACAAGUUAUGGAUGGAUAUUUUUGGAAAAAAACAGCCAUUUGAGUUUAAUACUCCAUGGGAACGUCGGACCAAUGUAUUUUGUCGGAUACAUGAUGUAACACGAAAUUGUUGCUGCGCUUCCGCAACUGCCAUUCGGAGCUGUUUUGCGAUAUUUUUUGCUCUUCGUGAACCUUUGGAUUUAACUUUGGCUGAUUAA